GCUGGUCCUGGUCCCUCCUGCACUACACCACACGGUACGGUAGAGGGCGCCCGCGCCGCAGCAGUGCCCGCUGAAGUGUUCUGGAGUUCUUCAGUCCUCCACUCCCUCACAGUGCCCUGCAGAACUGGUGAGAGGAGCCCGCGGAGAAGUCGCCCACUCCCACCACUUCACUUCACCCCUGGAGACUUUUCAUAGCUGGCAUCCCUGCCCUGGACCUGAUGAUGGCUGCAGGACCGCGGGUUCGCACGGGCGCCUGUGAAGUGCUGCUGGCGCUGCUGUCCCUCCGCCUGGCCGGGGCUUACAAUAUAGACCUGGAUCACCCCGUGCUCUUCCGAGGUCCCACCGGCUCGUUCUUUGGCUAUGCGGUUCUGGAGCAUCACCAUGAUGACACGAGAUGGAUACUUGUUGGAGCCCCAAAAGCAGAUUCUAAAUUUAGUUCAGUGUUAAAAGCUCCUGGUGCAGUUUUUAAAUGUAGAGUUCACAGCAAUCCAGACAAGACGUGUACAGAGCUGAAUCUGGGAAGAGGAAACAGUCGAGGGAUUUACUGUGGAAAGACAUGUAAAGAGGACAGAGAUGAAGAGUGGAUGGGAGUUACAUUGGCAAGGCAAUCAAAGCCUGAUGGCAGUGUUCUGGCAUGUGCUCAUCGCUGGAAGAAUAUCUACUAUGAAAGUGAGGUUAUACUUCCGUAUGGUUCCUGCAUCAUUCUCCCACCAAAUCUGCAGGCCAGUGGGAAGAAGCUAUUGCCUUGCUACGAGGAAUACAAGAAGAAAUAUGGAGAGGAACACGGCUCAUGCCAAGCGGGGAUUGCAGGAUCCUUCAUGGAGGAGCUGGUUGUGAUGGGAGCCCCAGGAUCAUAUUACUGGACUGGCACAGUGAAAGUAUUGAAUCUUACUGACAACACAUACUUCAAGCUGAGUAAUGAAGCUGUCAUUGCCAAAGGUUACACCUAUUUAGGAUAUGCGGUCACUGCUGGUCACUUUUCACAACCUACCACCAUGGACAUAGUUGGUGGAGCUCCCCGAGAUAGUGGCAUCGGAAAGGUCUAUAUCUUCAGAUCAGACAAGGCAUCUGGAUCACUUGUUAGGAUUUUUCAAGCUUUGGGAAAAAAGAUGGGCUCUUACUUUGGCUCCUCCUUAUGUGCAGUUGAUCUGAACGCUGACGGCCUAUCAGACCUCUUGGUAGGGGCUCCCAUGUACUCCGAGGUUAGAGAUGAAGGACAAGUUACUGUGUACAUCAACAGAGGAAAUGGAGUAAUGGAUGAACAAACUUCAUUGAAUGGAGACAAUGCAUAUAAUGCACAGUUUGGGGAAAGCAUGGCUAACCUGGGCGAUAUUGAUGAUGAUGGGUAUCCAGAUGUUGCAAUUGGAGCUCCAAAAGAAGAUGAUUAUUUAGGAGCUGUCUACAUAUAUCAUGGUGAUGCAGAUGGCAUUGUUCCUCAGUACUCAAUGCGGAUUUCUGGAAGAAAAAUUAACCCAGCUCUAAGGAUGUUUGGCCAGUCAAUUUCUGGAGGUAUUGAUAUGGAUAAGAAUGGCUAUGUAGAUGUGACCAUUGGGGCUUUUAUGUCGGAUAGAGUGGUUCUACUAAGAACAAGACCAGUUAUUACUGUGGAUGCUUUAAUAAUCCUGCCAACUGCCAUUAACAUCACUGCUCCUCAGUGCCACGAUGGGACGCAAAAUGUGAACUGUGUCAAUGUCACCGUCUGUUUCCGGUUUAGUGGCAAACAAGUUCCUGGUGAAAUAGAAUUAUUGUACAAUUUAACUGCUGAUAUUGUGAAAAGGGAAAGUGGUCAUCAGCCCAGGGUGUUCUUGGUGUCAUCUGGGGAAACUGUUGCUCAUGUGAGUGAGAAACUCCAGCUUACCCAUAUGAAAGAGAAGUGUGACCAGUAUCUUGCUCAUGUAAAGCGUAGAGUGAAAGAUGUAAUUUCACCCAUCGUUUUUGAAACAUCUUAUAGUCUUGGAGAGCAUGUGAUUGGGAAAGAGGAGAGGGACUUGCCUGCUCUGAAGCCUAUUCUUCGCUGGAAAAAGGGACAGAAGAUUGCACAGAGAAAUCAGACUUUAUUUGAAAGAAAUUGUCGCUCUGAUGAUUGUCCUGCUGAUCUACAACUGAAAGGAAAGUUACUGCUGUCAAGUUAUGACUCUAAAUCAGAAUACUUGGCGUUGGGAGCCGUAAAGAACAUUUCACUUAACAUCUCUAUCUCUAACAAAGGGGAUGAUGCAUAUGACACCAAUGUCUUCUUCAACUUUUCAAGGGAACUAUACUUUAUUAAAAUGUGGCAAGAGGAAGAACAAGGAAUUUCCUGUGAAUUAUUGGAAGAUGACUACCUUAAAUGUAGUGUGGGAUUUCCAUUCAUGAGAUCACGGUCUAAGUAUGACUUCAGUGUGAUCUUUGAUACCAGUCACUUAUCUGGUGAAGAUGAUAUUCUUCAGUUCCUGGUCACCACCCAAAGUGGAAAUAAUGAACGAGCUGAGUCUUUACAUGACAACACCCUCAUUCUGGCAGUGCCCCUAAAGCAUGAAGUGGACUCAUCAGUAACAGGGACUGUGUCCCCAUCCUCUUUUGUGUAUGGUGAUACAGUGGAGGCUUCGAACUUCAUUCUCCUCCAGGAUCAGGAAUGUCAUUUUCAGCCACUUAAUUUCACAUUUCAGGUUUACAAUGCUGGACCUAGCACUUUGCCUGGAUCAUCCAUCACAAUUUUGUUUCCUAAUCAUCUGUCUGCUUCUGGAGCCGAGAUGUUCCUUAUCCAAGAUGUUAUAAUUUCUCAAGAGAAAGCACAAUGUGCGUUCCACAAAAACCCUGCACCAUGUGUGAUCCCACAGGAAAAGGAGAACAUCUUCCACACAAUAUUUUCAUUCUUUAAAAAAUCAGGACGAAAGGUGUUGGACUGCAACAAGUCAAACUGGCCAUGUUUAGAGGUGGAAUGUAAUUUCACAUCAUUAGCUAAAGAAGAAACCCAAAAUAUUGAGGUUCUUACACUGCUUAAUACAGAGAUAUUGAAAAAGGAUAGUUCUUCAGUAAUUCAGUUUGUGACCCGGGCUCAUUUAUCUAUAGAUUUAAAAUUACGGGCAGUAGAAGUGCCGCAUGGAAACUCACAGGAUGCAACAGUGGUCUUUGAGGCCUUACACAAUCAAGAACCACGUGGUUAUGUGGUGGGUUGGAUCAUUGCCAUCAGCUUACUAGUUGGGAUCCUCAUAUUUCUGUUGCUUGCUGUAUUGCUGUGGAAGGUAAGCUACAAAAAAAUUGUAACUAUAAUUACCCGUCCUGGACAAUUGUUCAGUAUUAAAAAGUUGUCAUUAAAGUGA